AUGCAACAGAUUCGUAAUGAAAAAUAUACGGCUCACCUGAAUGCCUAUUAUUACUAUCAUGAAUACGUCAAAAAAAUUAGUGAUGAAGAAACAGAUAUAUUUCCUCGAGAUACUCCAACCGAAAAUCCAAAGAUAUGCAUCAUCGGUGCCGGAGCAACCGGUCUAUUCUCAGCUCUUCUCUUGAAAGAGGCCGGAAUCAAUGAUAUUACGAUACUUGAAGUUCAAGAUCGUAUUGGCGGUCGUAUUCAUACUCACUACUUUACCGAUGAUCCUGAUGAUGAAAGACGUUUGUAUGGUGAGCUUGGUGCAAUGAGAUUGCCUUAUGUCGAUGGUCGCCCGGACCUUUCCCCUCACCAAAUAGUUUUUGAUACAAUUGACUAUUUGAACGAGUACAAUAAGGAUGAUCCAAAGAAACAGAUCCGAACCAUUCCUUUCAUCUUUAGGGAUUCAGAUUCUAUAAGUUAUUUCAAUGGCAAAAAAGAUCCAUCUGGCAAAUUCAUGACCAAAAAUUAUUCUGAAACUGCGGAUGUCAGUAAACUUGGAUACCCUGACACAAUCCCACCUAACUUUGUGAAACUUUGGAACGAAGCAUUAAAGCCUUUCUUCGAUGAGUUGAACACCGAUUACACAAAAGGUCUUAAAGCUUUAAAGCGUUAUGACCAGUAUUCAGUCUAUUCCUACUUGAAGGAAGUCUUUCUUCCAGCGAGAUUGCCAACAAAGUGGGAAGACUAUGAUGAAAUUAUCGCAGCUAUUGAAUUGCAAGUGACUGGAACAAACGAGUUUACUAAGGGCUUCGUUGAUUUUGCUAUUGGAACAUUUACUUUUGGAAAUCCAAAUUAUCCUUUAAGCUGGAAAACCAUUGAUAAAGGAAUGCAACGAUUCCCAAACGCAUUUUUACCUUUUAUCAAAAAGGAAAAGAUAGACCUGAGGUACAACAGUGAAGUUUACAAGAUUGAAAAAACUGAUGAUGGUAAGAAUGUUAAGGUGUAUUGGAAUUCUAAGGGAAAGAAAGAAUUUGAAAUAUUUGAUAGAGUGAUUGUCACUCCUCCAUUGGGCGUCGUUCGUCAUUGGGAUCUACCUCUAACAUUAUCAUAUGGCAAAAAACGUGCAAUUCGUGAAUUGAAAUAUCUAAAUGCAGGAAAGAUAUUUCUUCAAUUCAAGUCUCGCUUCUGGGAGAAAGAAGGCCAACCCACGACCUCGGGUGCUGGUAUUGUUGGUGGUACAACGUCGACCGAUCUGCCAGUUCGUACAGUGGUAUACCCUUCAUAUUAUCAAGGUCUAUCAACGAAUGGUUCUGGGGUCCUCUUAGCAUCGUAUACGUGGGAUGAUGAUGCAACAAAAUUUAGUCCAUACAGCGAGGAGGAACGGUUUGAACUUGCAUUAAAAGACUUGGUAACACUUCAUGGAGAAAUAGCAUAUGAGGAAUGGAUUCCGGGUAAAGAAAAUAAUAAGGCACAUUAUUGGUCAAAUGAUAAAACAGUUGUUGGGGGAGCCUACGCAAAGUAUGGACCCGCACAAUUAGGAAAGUUGAUGGAAUCUAUGAUGAGAUCGGAAGAAUUUAUUCAUUGGGCUGGGGAACACACUGAUAUACAUAACGCUUGGAUUGCUGGAGCUUUAAAUUCAGCGGUUAGAGUGGUUAGAGAGAUCUUAUUAGAAAAUUUAAUGAAGGAUAGAUGGUUGAAAUUGAAAAAUUCACGAUUAUUAAAAUAUUGGAAUGGGAAUCUAGAAGCUUUUGAAGGUUAUUAA